AUGACAAGUACAAUUGCUGGCAUCAAAGAAGAUCUCAAGCGAGAGAUGCAGGGAGGAGUUACUGUUGUUGUCCUUGGCGCAUCAGGAGAUUUAGCUACCAAAAAGUCGUUUCCAUGUCUGUAUGGUCUCUAUAAACGUGAUCUCUUGCCAGAGAAGGUUCACAUAAUAGGCUACGCACGCUCCAAAUUCAGCCGCGAGCAAUUCGUCAAAAAGAUUACUCAACACAUAAAAACUGACUCUGAAGAAGACAAGAAAAAACUCGACGAAUUUCUAAAGUUUACGGAAUAUAUUAGUGGUGCAUAUGACAAAGAAGAGGCAUUCAAGGAUCUUGACAAAAAUAUCUCAGAUUGGGAGCAAAAGAACAAGCUUAAGAAGGGACAAAAGAACAGACUUUUCUACAUGGCUCUUCCACCUUCUGUAUUUUUAUCAGUCGCGUCUGGUCUUCAUAACAGCACACGAACCACAGAAGGAAAGAAUAGAUUGGUUAUUGAAAAACCAUUUGGAAAGGAUCUCGAAAGCUAUAAAAAGCUAAACAGCGAUCUAGCUCCACUUUUUGAUGAAAAAGAAGAAGUUUUCCGCAUUGACCAUUAUCUGGGCAAGGAAAUGAUCAAGGACAUAACCACUUUGAGAUUUGCGAACAUGCUCUUUAGUCCCCUUUGGUCAGGAUAUCACAUCAAGUCUGUCCAAAUAACCUUAAAAGAAAACUUUGGAACUGAAGGACGAGGCGGAUACUUUGAUGAAUAUGGUAUUAUCCGUGACGUGAUGCAAAAUCAUCUACUGCAGCUCAUGUCAGUCUUGGCAAUGGAACGUCCUAUUCGACGUGAUGCAAAUGCAAUCCGGGAUGAAAAAGUCAAAUUGCUUCGGUCAGUAAAGCCAAUCAAGAUGGAAGAUUGUCUACUGGGUCAAUAUACAGCAGCAAACGAUAAACCUGGAUAUCUCGAUGAUGAAACUGUUCCAAAAGGCAGCACAUGCCCUACCUUUGCAGCAUUAGCCUUUUAUAUUAACAAUGAACGCUGGGACAAUGUUCCUUUCAUUAUGCGAGCAGGAAAGGCUAUGGAAACUUCAAAGGUUGAGGUGCGAAUUCAAUUCAAAGCCCUUCCGGGUAUUCUAUUCGAAGAUGCACCUCACAACGAGCUGGUGAUUCGUGUACAGCCCAAUGAAGCGAUUUACAUCAAGUUCAAUAACAAAUCUCCUGGAUUCUCGGAUGAUUGUCUGUUGACCGAAUUAGAUCUUACAUACAAGAAUCGAUACUCAAACCUUCAAAUACCAGAUGCCUAUGAAAGCCUUUUACUCGACGCGAUGCGAGGUGACCGUGCCAACUUUGUGCGUGACGACGAAUUAGAAGCUUCUUGGGAGAUUUUUACUCCACUUCUCCAUAGAAUUGAAAAAGAUAAAAUUGUUCCAGAGAAAUAUCCAUACGGCACGCGUGGGCCUGCUAAGCUAAGCAAGUUUAUGGAUCGCUAUGGGGUUGUUCACACGCCACAUAAUCAGUACCAGUGGCCUAUUCAAGAUGUAGCUGAAGAGUGA